CGUCUCAGUCACGUGUCUCUCCUCAGUGAAGGCUUUGCUCUCUGCGGCUCCUCAGCACAGAGCCAGCAGCGAUGUUGAGGCUGAAACGUGAGAUGCAACUCAGGGGGACUCGCUCAUAGAGGCAAAGUUAUGGCACGGUCAUCAUCGGAGAAAAAGGCCCCGCAGCAAUUUCUCUCUGCCAAAAAGUGUUGGUCACUGGUGACGCGCACAUCUUUCUGGGACGCACAACUCCAGAGCGAGAAAGCCCCAAAUUACGCAUCAAUUUACACUAAUUGAAAAUAGGGACAGGAACGCGUCGAGGACUGUCGGAGAUUACAGCAUUGUUGGGUUGAGCGAGGGGCACGAUGCAACAGGCCUGUGAAGUGAAGAUAACAACUGCACACGGUGUAAUGCUAAUCUUGAUGCAGCCAUAGUUACAAGUCCCCUUCGACCAACCUGAGAAUGACACUCGGAAAAUAAGACUCCUGAUUUAUUCGUCAACUCCAGAGCCUUCAGGCAUACUACCAAAUCAACAAAAGAGUUUUCAGAACAACUCUCAUACAGUCGAUUCUAUGUCUUCAAAAGUGAUCUGUUCAACCUUGGCCUGAGCAGUGAAACCAAGGCAGCCAUGAACCUGUUCAGGAAGGAUGCCAUGACCACAAAGAAGGAGAAGGAAAAAGACAUCCAGUACGAGGACCCUCCAGAUGGAGGUUGGGGCUGGAUGGUGGUCCUGCAUUGCUUCCUUGUAAAUGUCCUAGUGAUGGGAACACUGAAAAGCUUUGGGAUCUUCUUUGUGGCAUUCCAAGAUGAGUUUGGAGGCUCGGCAGAGAGCAUCAGCUGGAUCGGUUCCAUCAUGUCGAGUCUGCGUCUGUCUGGAGCACCCAUUGCCUCUGUGGCCUGUGCCAAGCUAGGAGCCAGGUUUACCUCCAUCGCUGGGGCAGUGCUGGUUAGUGGGGGCUUCCUCAUCAGUAUUUUCGCCAACAGUGUGGUGUUCCUCUAUAUCAGCAUGGGAGUGAUAGUUGGAAUGGGUUUUGCACUACUAUACCAAUCCUUCUCAGUGGUCACAGCGCUGUACUUCCGAAAGAAGCUAGCCACAGCGUAUGCGAUCGGGCGUUCUGGGAUGGGUUUGACCUUUGCCCUUGCUCCGUUCACUCAGCUGCUCCUGGACCAAUAUGCUUGGCAAGGGGCGAUGUUGAUUCUUGGAGGUCUCAUGCUUAAUCUGGUGGCCUCUGGGAUGCUUCUGCGACCCAUCAAUGUGAAGCCUCCCGUGUCAAACCCUACCUCUUCUCCCAUCCAAAAGAGCCCUGCUGUUUCCCUUAAGAGCUCCUCAGAAAAGGAAUACACUAAGAGCUGCUUGAAUGGUUCCUCUCACUUAUCCAAUGGUAUCUCCAAAUCAGACUCAUUCCCAUCCCCUCCUCCUGCUCCUCACGGGGACACUGAGAACUUGGAGGGCCAAUGUACUCAGGGACUGCAGGACCAGUCAGUGAACCCUGAACUGACCAGACUGGUCCUCAAUGGUGUGAAUGGCCAUGAGCCCCACCAUGACUUGGGUCAGUGUAAACCCACAACUCCAGACAGCUCCAUGGAGCUCAAUGGCAGCAUGAACGGGUCUACCAUUGUUGGAUAUCCCUCACAUGCCAGCACGCCGAGCGAGGUGACCACCAUAAAAGCCAAAGUACUGGAUUUCUCCCUGCUAAAGGACCCAUUCUUUUGCAUCUAUACUUGGUCCUUGGUCUUCAGCCAGCUGGCCUACUUCAUCCCUUAUUUCCACCUGUCUGCCCGUGCCAGAACACUGGGCAUCGAUGCCAUGGAUGCUUCCUUUAUCAUCUCUGUGGCAGGUAUCACAGAGACCAUCGCCCAGCUGGCCUCUGGCUGGGUGACAGACAGGAACCUGUUCCAUAAAUACCACUACCACAAGGCCUACCUGAUCCUCUGUGGCCUUGUCAACCUGCUCUCCCCACUGGCAACCUCCUACAUCCUGCUGAUGGUUUACGCCAUCUUCUUUGCCAUCUUCUGUGGUGGAUACAUGGCUCUGCUGCUGCCUGUUCUAGUAGAUCUCGUGGGGUCGGAGAAACUCAACAACUCCAUGGGCUUCUCCAUGUUCUUUGUCGGCCUGGGUUGCCUUACAGGGCCUCCUCUAGCAGGGUUCCUGUACGACUACACUCAGACUUACGACUGUUCUUUCUACCUGGCUGGGCUCUGCUAUCUGCUCUCCUCUGUGUCCCUGUUCUUGGAGCCGCUGGCUCAGCGCUGGAAGGCCAGGAACAAACUGACCCGGGACAAGAGAGCUGAAAGCAGCUGUAAGACCAACGGCUGCUUCACCCCCGACCGCCUACAGAACGGCGCUGCGUAGGAAUGAAACCCAGGGAAGGCCUUCGAUCUUGAACCAGCAUGCUCAUAACUUGCCAUAGGCCUGCAUACCUUGGACCUUGGACUUAAAGUCGGGGCCUCAAGUGACCCUUAAUUUAUGCAGGAACGUAACACGGGCUGAGGAGAAGGAGGUUAUGACCUGCCUAAGAUGUCUAAGAACAAACAGUAGUUGGGAUGUUGGAGAAUAGAUGAUUAUGCUGAACUUUUAAAAAGCCAAAAUUUUAGUACAAAAUAUUUUAUCCCCUAUUCCUGUUCUUAUCAGAGGUACAUGCAUCCAAACUGAAAAUAAUCCCAUACAUACAUCAUCCAGCACAUUUUAAUACUAGCAGCUUUGCAACCAUACAUUUAUAAAACAUAAUCUAAAUCUGUUUUCUAAUCCAACACCAAACUGCAUUCACUUUGCAGCAACUUUUCAUUCUAUAUAAUAUCACUGGAAACUAAGCUAUGCAGUUGAUCUAGAAAAUCCUUUUAGUCUUCAACUAUUGUUUUUCCGUGAUGAUAUUAAUGGAAGCACAUAUGCCAUGAAGAAAUACUUUUCACCUGAUUUCACUGGACGCCUUUACCUGUAUCUGUAAACCUGUACUCACUGAUAUGCACUUUGGGCCAAGUUGUGAUUAUGCUGCAUGACAUUUCCUCUGACUGUUAACUGCCAGAAACUUAAGAUAACAAGCAACCACUUAAUGGCAGCCUGCUUCUGUGACACGAUGUGUAAUCUGCUCCUCAAAGCCAAAAAGGCAGCAAGUGCUUCUGUAGUUUGACAGAGAUAAAAAAUGUAUCUCUUGCCCCAACAAGAUUAUUGCAGAUUGUACGGCAUGCGCUAGCAUUUCAAGGUAUAACUGGUGUGCUCGCUUUUGGUGAUGGACACUCGUAUUCAAGUAUUUAUAUCUUUAUUAUUAAUAUUCUAGACGCUUUUUUUAUCCGUCAACUACUUUCAAAUAGACUCACCAUUCAAAACUUAAAAACAUAUAGCUCAUUCAGGACAUCUGUGCUUCUGUUCAGAUUUUCUUCCAUUUUUUUCCCCUCACUGACAAUAAUGGCCCUUUUCUUUUCCUCUUUAUCCCCUUUAUACUCAUACUUUCAUCUUGAUACUACCCUUUGUACCUAACGACAUUAGUUCAGUUUUUUAAGAUAUUUUUUUCUGGAAUCACAGUCGAAGCUUUAAACUUUUUUUUAACUUCAGGAGCUAUAAUGCAUGUGUUAAUAAUAACACUAUGAUAAUAAUUGUGCUGGUGACACUGACUUCUGUAAAUGAAGCAUUCAAAGGCAGUGGGAAGUUAAACUAAAAUCUUAGCUUUGUUGAGCACUUGCACAAAAACUGACCCUUUAACUUCUCUCACUGAUUUCACAUUAAGUAACCCUCUCACCUGUUUUAUAACUGCUUUGAUCUCUUAGACUUAAACUGACAUUUAAACUGCUGCCACUAUUUAUAUACCAACUUGUACUUCUAUUGUAUCUUUCUUUUAUUGUUCAACAUUUAACUUAAGUUUCAUCAUUAAUUUCUAAUGCUGCAAUUGACAGUUUGACUUAAUUAUUAUCUCUUCACUUCAGCUGACUAACUACAUUCAGCGCUUGCAUACAAAUAGCUCCUGACCACGAACAAACAUGAAACUGAAAUUUCCACACGCUUUCAGCUCUAAUACUUCAUCUGGCACCUCAAAAUUCAACCUGUGUGAGUGCUUCAACUGUAAUCACAUUUUAGGGCAUUUUAACCUGUUUACAGUGUUUGCACCUGCAGUCUUUAGUGCAAACAAACACACUCCAUUUUUUCUUCUUUUUUUAAAUCAAAACCUCAGUUGUGACCUUUUAGAUACUAUGACAAACUACCAACUGCCUUUCAACGUCUAUGGGUCAGUAAUGAUAAUACACAUUUAAAUAACUCUACUACUAGGUACUUGGCAGCACCUGCAGAUGAGAAAAUUGUCACGCCUAGCUCAUCGUUCAUGAGCUGUUCUAUGCAAGUGCACACAGAGAGAGAUUUUCCUGUCAUUAACAGCUCACUUGCACAUCAUUUUAACUGUAGCAAAGAUAACAGCUCCUGACAGAGUAAGCCUGUUUGGGAAGAUGUUUCCUAAAUAUUGAUCACAGUUGGGCUGAGGGCGAUGGAGCCGAUAUAGUAGGGGUUUAUGUGUGAGUGUGCAUGGUUAAGUGUCAUUUUGUCGACCUUGUGUGUCUGUAAAUCUCUAAACAGACUGUGUUAUGAAGAUGUUUUGCUGCAGUUGCCCAUAUAGAAGAAGAUGCAAAGUGCCCCAGCUGGACUAGUUGGAAACUGUUGCCCAGCCUUUACAGUGCCUGCAGGCAGCCAAUUAUUGGCAAUGCAACCUAUAAUUAUAUUGUGUUUAUAUGUGUCUGAGUCUGUGGGUUGUUUUUAUGUAGCAGAGGUUUUUGUGUUUUCACCAGUUUGCCUUACAAGGUACUGCAUUGUAUCUUUACUAACUUUCCUGUGAUGUCAGCCAAAGACACAUUAGAAAACCUACCUACAACUUGAAGCUUAUCGUUAGUAAAAAAAAUAGUUUGGACAGUUUAUAUAAUUUAAACCACUUUGAACACCCAUUAUUCAGACAUCUCCAAGUCUUGAUGACAGCCCAAAAUGUGUUUUGUUACGCUGCCCUCUUGUGGCACAGGGACGCUUUUACUCAAAGAAUGCUGUCUCAAUUAGUACUAAAUUAUUCCCCCUCAACUCACUUUCACAAUACUGAGCAAGGCUCUUUGUAUUGUUUCAAUAACGACAGUCAUGCACAAAAGCUCUUUUGGCUCACGAGUUGCAUUCACCACCAGUAUGCUUUUGUGAUUGAGGACCACUGAAUAUUUUGUACCAUAAUAAAUCUUUUUAUGAAAAGUAUUUGAUGCUUUAAAAGUAGAUUUUGGUUUGGGGUUAUUUUACUUGUUAGUUAUCUGCAUAUUUUAAGGAACUGUAUGUUUGAGAAAUAUCUUGAAAUAAUUUGUAUGUCCUUUGGUAAUGUCUCAAACACCUCUGAGAAGGAACUGAGUUCUGUUUGAUGGCAUAUGAUCUUGUAUUGUUGCAAUGCAUUUAUGGGUAAAGCACUGUUUUGUCACUACUCUGGCUUCUAGAUUUGUGAACUGAUAGUUUAGAGAAUAUGCUUAACCAAUGAUAGAUAUCCUGUUCUGAGCCCUUAGAGUUCAUUUUUAAGCCUUGUAACAGUGCGCAGUCAGCUGUAAUAAACUGACAUGUGACUCAA